AUCCAACUUGAUAUAAUAAUGAUGGAGAGUAAAUGAUAGGUAGAGUAGAUAGAUUCUGUACUUAUCACUCCUGCAAAAAAAAAAAAUCCAAAAGCAUUUCAUCUCUAAAAUUUGUAGAAGAAAAAUGAGAUCCGAGCAGCUAGUACUUCAUUUACAGGUUGAGUGAGAGAAAUGCUCUGAUUAAAAAUCAAUCCAAUUGAAUAUAAUUUGCUGGGUAUAGACUUUGUUUACCAUGAAGUUUGCUGCUGCACACCAGCAUCAAAAACCAUGUCUAGGAACAAACAAAUUUAGGAUUUUGGUCUUGGGAAUGGUAGCAAUUGUCUUUAUAUUUCUUCAGACUUUAAUCAUUCCGUCCGAAAAUAUACCGGGCACUACAAUGUCAAUACAUGAAAGAACUAGCAUUUUGGUUGGGGAUGAUUUCUCCUCUAUGAAUGAUUCAGACUUGAUAUAUUCGCCUAAGCUUCAAAUCGAGGAUUUUGAUAUUAACUUGGCGGAAUUUGAGCUCGGAGGAGAAGAAACAAUAAAUGACAAAGAUGUGACUAAUGUGUUUAUGAGGAAAAUGGAUGGAAGCAAUGGUGUUAAUGAUUUGUCAUUCAAGGAAGUCUUGGUAAGGGAUAAGGAGUCUGUUAUGGAUCAAGAUGUGGUUAGACGAGAUAACAAAGAACAGUUUAAAGGUGAUUUAUUGGAACGGAACAAUCAAGUUGUUGACAUUGAACAUAAUGUGACACUGCAAAGAGGUUCUGUUGCUUCUACAAAAAGUUCUUCGAUAUUAAAUUCACCUAUAGUUAAGAAGAUGAGGUGUGAUAUGCCACCGAAGACAGUAAUGACAAUGGAGGAAAUGAACCGUUUGUUGCUCAGGAAACGUGCUUCUCAACCUAAAAUGAAACCAGAGUGGUCAUCAAGACGUGACCAUGAACUUGUAUCUGCAAGGUCACAGAUAAAAAAUGCUCCUAUAGUUGGGAAUGAUCGAGACCUUUAUGCUCCUCUGUUUCGGAAUGUUUCCAUGUUUAAAAGGAGCUAUGAACUAAUGCAACAGAUACUCAAAGUCUACAUUUACAAAGAAGGAAAACCACCCAUUUUCCAUGUUCCAAUUCUGAAAGGGCUUUAUGCCUCUGAAGGAUGGUUCAUGAAACUAAUGGAGAGUAACAAAAAGUUUGUCGUGAAGGAUCCAAAACAAGCUCACUUGUUUUACAUGCCUUUUAGUACUCGAAUGCUGGAACACGCAAUGUAUGUACGUAAUUCACACAACCGGACAAACUUAGCUUUGUAUUUGAGGGACUACACAAACAUGAUUGCCUCAAAAUAUUCUUCCUGGAAUAGAACCAAUGGAGCAGAUCAUUUUUUCGUCGCUUGUCAUGACUGGGCUCCAUACGAAACAAGGCACCACAUGGAGCGUAGUGUUAAAGCGAUGUGCAAUUCUGAUGUUACUCAAGGUUUCAAGAUUGGCAAAGAUGUAUCCCUUCCAGAAACAUACGUGAGAUCUGAAAGGAACCCUCAAAGAGAUAUUGGAGGGAAAGCACCGUCUAAAAGAUUAAUUCUUGCUUUCUUUGCUGGAAGCAUGCACGGAUAUCUUCGCCGCAUUCUGAUAGAGCAGUGGAAGGACAAAGACCCAGACAUGAAGAUCUUUGGUCCCAUGCCUCCAGGUGUAGCUAGCAAAAUGAAUUACAUCCAACACAUGAAAAGCAGCAAAUAUUGUAUAUGUGCAAAAGGUUAUGAGGUUAAUAGUCCCCGGGUGGUUGAAGCGAUCUUCUACGAAUGCGUUCCCGUGAUUAUAUCAGACAAUUUUGUCCCUCCAUUUUUCGAGGUGCUAAACUGGGAGGCAUUCUCAGUUAUUGUUGCAGAGAAAGAUAUUCCGAAGUUAAAAGACAUACUUGUAUCAAUCCCCGAAGAGAGAUACUUAGAAUUGCAACUUGGAGUGAGAAAGGUGCAACAACAUUUUCUUUGGCAUCGGAAUCCUGUGAAGUAUGAUCUCUUCCACAUGACCCUUCAUUCAAUUUGGUAUAACAGAAUUUUUCAGAUUAGACAUGGAAGCAGGAAUCAAAGCCCAGGAGGGCUAAAACAUUAAGAAUCUCUUGUAUAAAUAGAGAGGAAAACUCACCAUGACCGAGUUCUUAAUGGUGAGUGCUUGUAGUAUUCAUUGAAUCAAUAUAAUCCUAAAAUUUGAAUCUUUGAUGCAUUA